GCAUCUGCCUCAUGUGCCAGUGGAGACUCUGAGGAGUGGGGAAAGGUACCUAAUUACUGCCCCGGGAUGGCUUUCACUGUUACCCCGGCUGACCACUGUGGCCUCCCCAUGAUCGGUAUUAACGUCAAGGAGGAUCAUGAAGAGUGGAAGGAGCAGCUGGAUUGGAUGCUGCAGCGGGGCGACGUGUAUGUUGAGGUGCCUAUUUCGGGUAGCCUGUCGGAAGCCGCCAUCAAGAGAAUCGGGGAACAUGCAGCAUCCAAGGGACUCAAGCGAGGGGACUUCAUUAUCUCCACCUCGAUCACUGUCCCGGAGGAUGCUGGUGCUGCUGUGGCCUUGGUGAAGGAGUUUGUUGAUCACUUCUGUACCCACAUUGACCUUCUGUACCUUGAGAACCCCGUCGGCCUUAAAGGCACAGACCCCAUGGCCAUCUACAACACAGCACCUGCCGGAACACACCCAGACAUACACAAAGUCACCGAUAUGUUUGACCGCAAGUGUGACGGUUCUCUAAAGGUGACGCCGCGAAUCAUAGAGAACCUGAGACUGCUGUGGCGUGCUCUGGAGAUGGAGUUGGUGGCCACAGGGGCGGUGCACAACCUGGGACUGCGACACUUCUCCCAGGAGCAGGUGGAAAACCUUCUGAAAGGAGGAGUACGGUAUCGCCCUUUGGCUCUCCAGGCAGAGAUCAAUCCUUACAGAGAGCAACGUGACCUUCGAUGUUGGUGCCAAGAAGCAAACAUAUCCCUCGUGGCCAUUCAUCCAUACGGCAGCCCUCUCCACGUUCCCAGCAAGGACAUGCCCUUUCUGUGGAAACACCCAAAAGUGAUCAAGAUUGCAGAAAGAGUCGGCGUUGGUCCCAAAGUCAUCUUGUCCCGCCACAUCCUUCAGUCCCGCCUCAGGAUGGUUUACGACAACACUGAACUCUUCCUUCCCAGCUUCAUGACAGAGAAUAUUUGGCGUUUCCAGUUGACUCACGGACAGAUGAACAAACUCGGGAAACUCAGCAAACUCUCAUUGAAGCAUCCGCUGGGAAGUACGAGUUGCAGCGUGUAAUUGAUCCCUGCUGGCCAUUCUUCUUCCCUGAGGAGAGAAUCAGAGGCGAUGUACACGGAGGGGGGAUGGAGAGAAACUGUAAAGAAGACGAAGAGGCCGAGCGCAAGAACAUAGAGGAAAUAAACCAAGCCAAAGAUUCAGGAGUAAUGAUUAACAAGGAGGUGAAGGAAGAAUGGCAUGAGGAAAAGAAAAGAAAGAAAGCAAUGGAUAGGGAAAUAGAAAUGAGACAAGUAUAUGGUGAAGAGAGUAUUGUAGAGAGAGAAGAGGAAGAGGGCAUAGACAAAGAGGAGAGAGAAGAGGAGGAGGAGAAUACUGGUGAGGAAGUGGAUGAAGAGGAAGAGGGAAGUGAGGUAGAAGAUG